AUUUUAAUCAAUUGAGCUACGGUGCAUACGCACCACAGCUGAACUUUAUUUUGAAAUCCGACUGACCGGAAGAGGCGUCAGUCGCUACAGAGAAGAUAAACUAGCCACAAUUUCAGGUUAAUGUGUUGAUUUGCACCGAGAAAAGGGAGGAUGAGCAGCUCAGAGGAGGUGUCCUGGAUCUCCUGGUUCUGUGGACUCAGAGGGAAUGAGUUCUUCUGCGAGGUUGAUGAGGACUACAUUCAGGACAAAUUUAACCUGACGGGCCUGAAUGAGCAGGUUCCUCACUACCGGCAGGCUCUGGACAUGAUUCUCGACCUGGAACCGGAUGAGGAACUCGAAGAUAACCCGAACCAGAGCGACCUGAUCGAGCAGGCAGCGGAGAUGCUGUACGGGCUCAUACAUGCACGUUACAUCCUCACAAACAGAGGCAUCGCACAAAUGCUGGAAAAGUACCAACAGGGGGAUUUUGGUUAUUGCCCCAGAGUGUACUGCGAGAACCAGCCCAUGCUUCCUAUUGGUUUGUCAGACAUCCCAGGUGAAGCAAUGGUGAAGCUUUAUUGCCCCAAGUGUAUGGACGUGUACACCCCCAAGUCCUCCAGACACCACCACACAGACGGAGCCUACUUUGGCACCGGCUUCCCUCACAUGCUGUUCAUGGUGCACCCAGAGUACCGUCCAAAGCGUCCCGCCAACCAGUUUGUGCCGAGGUUAUAUGGCUUUAAAAUUCACCCCAUGGCUUAUCAGCUCCAGCUCCAGGCUGCAUCGAGUUUCAAGAGCCCGGCCAAGACGGUCCGAUAAGGCCUCAGCUUUGACACAGAGGGAACUCAAAGACUGAGCUGUUUACAACCUGUUUGAAGCACUGGAUCACAAAUUCCAAAUAAAUUCCUGUACAGUUCUGCAAACCAUUUUUCUCCCCUUCAACCCCUUUCAGAUUUAGUUCUGUCACAGUGAAGCAGGUUAGGCUCCCGUUCCUUCGAGGUUAAUCUUGUAAUUGAUGUCAGUCUCUUUCCACGUGUUGAUUUUGAAUACAGGUGAUUGAAUGUAACGAGAAAUCUCACCACCAGCCCAAGAAAGAUUUGCCUUAUCGAUGACCGUCAAGACUUCUAAACAGAUGUUGCAAUGUGCUGAUUAGCUUUAGCAAUACGAUUCGGGUGCUACAUUCAAGAGUGGAUAUAUACACACACCAAAUUAGAAAGUCUUAGCUAAUCUUCAAAGUAACCUGAGCUUGAUAUCAGUUGUAUUCAGUUCUCCAUGUCCUGACGUUGCUGUAUUCAUAGCCCAUGUUUACAUUCUGAUUAUAAAAAAACAUGCAGAACAACCAUGGAGCAAGUAUUAAAUAUUUCCUACUGAGA